AUGACUCAAACGCACAACUCUGUCUCUAUGACGAUUGUAAACAACGCGACAACUUCACCUGAACAAGCAGAAAAGCAAUCACCGCCAGAUCCAAGUCCAGCUCCAGCUCCAGCUCCAAACCCAAGCAAGAAAGGUGCUCGGUUCUGGCUCAUUUUCGUCGCCAUUGCCCUCACCACCUUUCUUGCUGCACUCGACACAUCCAUCAUCUCCACAGCUCUGCCCACAAUUGCAGCAGACCUUGGAUCUGACUCUCUCUACGUAUGGAUCAUCGACUCGUACCUCCUCGCCUCCACGGCCACCAUUCCCAUCUUUGCCCAAGCCGCCAACAUCUAUGGUCGCCGUAGCCUCACCCUCAUUGCCGUUUGCAUCUUUACCCUUGGUAGUGGUCUAUGUGGCGGUGCGCACAACACGGCCAUGAUGGUUGGCGGUCGGGCUGUUCAGGGUCUGGGAGGUGGAGGUAUCUUGACCAUGAGCGAGAUUGUUGUUUGCGAUAUGGUAUCUAUCCGCGAGAGGGGGAUGUACGCUGGAAUCAUCGGUAGUGUUUGGGCCAUCGCCGCUGUUGUUGCUCCUGUGAUGGGUGGUGCCUUUGCACAAAACAUCUCUUGGCGAUGGAUCUUCUACAUCAAUCUUCCCAUUGCUGGCGUUUCCCUCAUUGCUCUUGGUCUGUUCCUCAAGUUAGCCCGUCCGCCAUCUGGCACCAUGAAACAACAAAUGGCCAGAAUCGACUGGGGUGGAAGUAUUCUACUUAUCGGUUCAGUCACCUCCAUUGUCCUUUCGCUGAGCUGGGGUGGUUCUGAGCAUUCGUGGUCUGCCUGGCAAACCAUUGUCCCCCUCAUCGUUGGUCUGGUUGCACUUGCCGCCUUUUUUGUGUAUCAGGGUAGUCCAUGGCUGAAGGAACCCACCAUGCCUCUUAGGUUGUUUGGUAACAGGACAUCAUCUACGUUGCUCAUCAUCAGCUUCAUACACAGCUUGCUUCUGUACUGGAUCUGUUACUUCCUGCCCGUAUACUUCCAGGCGGUCAAAGAAGCCAGCCCUACUCGUUCCGCUGUCAUGUUGUUCCCUAUUGCCUGUACAAGCGCUCCUGCGGGAGUUGCUGCCGGUAUAUCAAUCACCCAGACUGGAAAGUAUCGCAUUUGGCAUUUCUCGGGCUUCGUGCUUAUGUCUAUUGCCUGCGGUCUGUUUACCCUUCUGGACGAGGAUUCCUCGACUGGGACUUGGGUUGGUUUUCAGAUCUUGUUUGGCGUAGGUUGUGGAUGCGUCUUCACCUCGACUUUACCUCCUAUCCUCGCUAGUCUCCCAGACUCAGAUGUAGCCACUGCGACUGGUGCUUGGACGUUUAUUCGGAACUUUGGGUCCAUCUGGGGAGUUGCUAUUCCAGCCGCUGUUUUCAACAAUCACGUCAAUCACGCAGCUCAUAGGAUCUCUGAUGAUAGAGUCAAGAGCCUUUUAGUUAAUGGUGGUGCAUACGAGCAUGCCACUAAGUACUUCCUCGAGACCCUUGAUUCUGAUCCUGAUCUUAAGGCCGAAGUCGUUCAGGUCUAUCUGAACGGCCUCAAGGUUGUGUGGCAAGUGUCUAUCGCAUUUUGCCUACUGGGUUUCAUCUUGUGUUUCUUUGUUCGUUCGUUAAUAUUGCGUGAUGAGUUGAACACUGAGUAUGGGUUGAAAGAGGAGAAGAGCGAAUUAAACGAGGUGAAGUCAAGCGAGGAUGGUGUUAUGAGGACUUGA